AUGUUACAAAAGUCCACGGCAUGCGAGGAAGGGGUGGCCUUAUGUUCCCUGCUCCGUUUGCCCCGGGCAGGUGUAGAGACCGCGAAAUUCCCCCCCCCCCCCCCCCUCCAGAAUACGAAGGGCAGCCUGGGCAUUCACGCUCAGACGUUGUACGGCCUGCGCGUGGACGUCCAGGGAGGGAUUCUCCACCGCCCUGUAUGCUGGUGGUACCCUCCUGGGGUAGAAAUUUUAAAUUUCGCGCAGACAUUAUGGGGGAGUAAUGGGGAGAGGACGUCCGGGACUCUCACAGACCAAACGAAACGCGACAGCAUAGCGGGCCGGCCCAAUUCCGCUGCUACCCGAAGGUGCGCAGCAUGGCACUACCAC